CAAAAAAAAGAAUUGCUCUGCGCCUUGCUUGCUUCUGGAGGCAUUUGGCGGUGAAUUCGGUGGCUUUUUUUUGCCUACCCCAACCCUAUAUAGCCUACAGGUAUGCACCCCUCGCCGAAGGUAUUGUGGUCCACACAAAGGAACUCGCUCCACUUUCCUAUUUGAGGUGACCUCCUUCUCAGCACGCGACCGCUGGCCAGCCUGCCUUGUUGUCCAACGUGAAGAUCUCGCCUUUUGGAUUUCGGGCAGAAUGUUUUAGCCAUAUAUAAAGAUAGAUUCUCAAUUGAUAGGGACUAUGAUAUAUUCUGCAUUUGGGUAUGUUACGCAUUGUCAAGGCAAGACAUUUGAUUCCUUGCGCCUGAACAUUAGCUAGAAUCGACAACCCAAUCAAUGAAUGUCCUUUUUGAAUUCUUCUUCAACGUUUCUUGAACUGCAGAGGUUAUAGCCUACUACAGAAACUGGAAUAUUGCAUUUAUUGUGUGUGUACGCUGUAGCCAUUUCCAACGUCAAGAUGCAGUUUCGGACAGUGUUGGAUGUAAAAGUCGUGGACGUGGAGAAGCGGCGCAAUCCGUCCAAACAUUACGUGUAUCUCAUCAAUGUCACAUACUCUGACAACACCUCCCACAUAAUCUACAGGAGAUACAGCAAAUUCUUUGACCUUCAGAUGCAGAUUCUUGACAAGUUCCCAAUCGAGGGAGGGCAGAAAGAUCCCAAGAAGAGAAUCAUCCCAUUUCUCCCAGGUAAAAUCCUGUUCAGGCGGAGUCAUGUGCGUGAUGUGGCCAUGAAGAGGCUACGUUUCAUCGAUGACUACUGCAGGGCUCUGGUCCGUCUCCCUCCUCAGUUGUCUCAGAGUGAGGAGGUGCUGCGCUUCUUUGAGACCAAAGCUGAUGACCUCAACCCCCCAGUAGAGGACUAUGGAUCAUCCAAGCGCAAAUCAGUAUGGAUGUACGGCUUUACCGACAGUCCAAGGAAAGAGGCCUCAGGCAUUGACAGCUCGGACCCUAUGGUGCUGGAGCAGUACGCGGUGGUGGCCAACUACGAGAGGCAGGAGAACUCUGAGAUCAGCCUGCAGGCCGGGGAGACGGUGGACGUGAUCGAGAAGAGCGAGAGCGGUUGGUGGUUCGUCAGUACAGCUGAGGAGCAGGGUUGGGUGCCGGCCACAUACCUGGACUCACAGAACGGCACUAGAGAUGACCUGGAACUUAGCACCGUCAGGACAGGAGAAGUUACUAAGAGACGCAAGGCUCAUCUGAAGAGACUGGACCGCAGAUGGACCUUGGGGGGCAUAGUGAACCGCCAGCAGAGUCGAGAAGAGAGGUACAUGACGGUGCAGCCGUACGCCAGCCAGGGGAAGGACGAGAUCGGCUUUGAGAAAGGGGUCACCGUGGAGGUCAUCCAAAAGAACCUGGAGGGCUGGUGGUACAUCAGGUACCUGGGGAAGGAGGGCUGGGCCCCGGCCUCAUACCUGAAGAAGAUGAAGGAGGACUUCUCAUCCCCGGGCAGGAAGAAGACCCUGACAGGCCCUGUGGAGAUCAUCGGCAACAUCAUGGAGAUCAGCAACCUGCUCCAGAAGAAGUCCAGCAGUGAGAAGGAUGUCCAAACGGAUGGAGAUUCCACCAGUCCUGAGCGCCACAUCUCCAAGAGUGAGAUCAGCCUGCCCAUGCCCUAUGCCCCAGGUUACAACCCCAGCCCCGACCACGGCCCAGGUCCGAGUCCCAGUCCUGGGCUGAGUUCUGGAUCUGGGAUGGGUAUCUCCAGUCCUAGCCUGGGCCCUGGUGCUAGUGGUCCUCUACAGGACAGUAAGGGGAAGACGGAACCUGGUUCCCCUGCUGUAGCACGUGUCGCUCCACACAGAGUGUCGAUAGGCUUUGAGGCUAUAGGCUCUCCCAACCUCCGACAAAAACCCCCUCCUAGAAGAGAAACAAAUCUGGGCUUUCAGUUACCCAAGCCACCAGAGCCCCCUACUGUGGAAGCGGAGUACUACACCAUCGCAGAGUUCCAGUCCUGCAUCUCUGAUGGCAUCAGUUUCCGUGGAGGACAAAAAGCUGACGUCAUAGAGAAGAACUCCGGGGGCUGGUGGUAUGUCCAGAUCGGGGAGACGGAGGGUUGGGCCCCCUGCUCCUACAUCGACAAACGCAAGAAGCCCAACCUCAGCCGACGAACCAGCACGCUUACCCGCCCCAAAGUCCCGCCCCCAGCUCCACCCGCCAAAAAGCAAGACUCAGAGGAAACGCCCUCACCUUCACCCAGUCACUCCAUCUCCUCAUCGUCCAAAGCCCCAGAAUCCCCUAGUCGGCCCGCAGUAUACGAGGAACCAGAAUACGACAUUCCCGCCGUUGGAUGCGAGGGUGAGUCGGACACAGAUUCCCUGAAGGGAGAGACAAUACAUCGCCCCCUGGAGGUGAAAAUCAACAGUGUGGUCUGUGAGAAGUACCGUAAUUCUCCUCCGGUCUGCAAGACCUCCCCUGUGAUUAUCAGCUAUAGAAGAAGGUCCUUCAGGUCUGUUGAAGAGAUGGUCAAGGAGGAAUGUAUCUAUGAGAACGAUGGCUUCCGGCGCAGUAGUGGUGAUGAAGGGGCUUUGGCCAAAGGCUGCGGCGGUUCCAACUCCCCAAGGAUCUACCACUCCUCGACUGUACCCCGCAAACCCUCAGGGUCUUCACCUCUAGCAGGGGGAAAGCCAUUGAAGAAGAUCGCCUCGGAGCUGAGCCGGAGCCAGUCCCUAGCCAAAGCCGACACCAGCCCCAGGUCGUCCUCAGACGAAUCAGGUAGAGGUUCCAGGAGACCUCCAGGCAUCAGGACGGUGGAGCAAAGGAUAGGCCAGAGCCCCUCCACCAAGCUCAAGCCCUCGGUGAGGCCUAAACCUCUCCUCACCACCAAGUCAGAGCCACAGUGCUCCGAGAGGAUGGACAUAACUUCCCUGAGACGCCAGUUGAGGCCCACGGGUCAACUCCGGCAUACCGUCCAUGGGCUCAAAGACUCAGAGACGUCCUCUGUCAUCUCGUCGGAGGACUCCCAUUCUUCCCGCAACAGCACCUCAGACCUCUCCUCCAUCUACUCCAAGGGGAGCCGGGGAGAUUCUGAUCUGGAGGGGUUCAACUUAUACCGGACCACAGACGCCUACGACAAGGUCCAGGAGUCAGAGCUGAGCUUUCCAUCUGGGGUGGAGGUGGAGGUCCUGGAGAGGCAGGAGAGCGGCUGGUGGUACAUCCGCUGGCGGGACGAGGAAGGCUGGGCGCCCACAUUCUAUUUGGAGCCCAUCCGCCAAGGGAGGAACGGCGGUGGGUCCGAGUCUGACGGGCAGCGCUCUGGGUCGGGCAGCGGCACUGGGAGCAAGUCCAACAGCCUGGAGAAGAAUGAGCAGCGCGUUCUGGCGCUCAACGACAUCAACCUCCAGGGACUCACCAACCACCACCAGGUACACCACACGCCAGGGGGUCUGAGAUCGAGGAACACUCCCCCCAUCCCCUCCAAGCCUCCGGGGGGCUUCUCCAAGCCGGCUGUGCUGGUUAACGGCGCUGUGAGAAUGAGGAACGGUGGGGUGAGACCGCAGUCCGCCGUCAGACCCCAGUCCGUGUUCGUGUCUGUGCCACAGCCCGCCAUGGACAGUCAACACUACAUGACGAGUUCCCUAAGGCGGAACGAGUCAUUGGCCGCCCACAACCAGUACCGUACGGACCAGUACCGCUCCGGUUCCGCUACCCUCGGCGUGCGCCGUAACUCCUCUUUCAAUGCAGUGCGUGCGCAACCCGUCACAGUCGAGACCCGAUCGAGACCCUCAGAUCGCUCUAUCACCACCAGGGGGUCUUCUGCGGAACGAUUUGGCGCCGGUGGCGGGACGGACGCCUUGAGCAGGGUUGGAGUUGUUGUGCAGCGUAAUGGUAUCCCCGUCUCCACAGUCAGGCCCAAGCCUAUCGAGAAGAGCCAGCUGAUCCAUAACAACCUGGGGAGGGAGGUAUAUGUCUCCAUCGCUGACUACCGGGGGGACGACGAGACCAUGGGCUUCCCUGAGGGCACCUGCCUGGAGGUUCUAGACAGGAACCCCAACGGGUGGUGGUACUGCCAGGUCCAAGAUGCCCUGCACCCCCGCAAGGGCUGGGUCCCCUCCAACUACCUAGAGAGGAAGAAGUAAUGGCCUAAUAAUAAUAACAAUGUCCCCCUUUGAUGAUGUCACUAAGAAUAUUGGUGGUGACAUCACUCCAUAAGAAUGUUACCCCACAAGAGCUACCACAAGCAAUAUGCUCCAAAUAUGUAAACAGAUGAUUGAUUCUGAAAGACUUUAUGUAAAAAAAAAAAAACACGUUGUUUUAACCUUAUAAUGAGAAAGAGACACUUUUAUUUCUGGUUUACUACAGUGUACACAUGAAAGACUAAAAGUCCAGAUUGUUGACUGCGAUAUGGAAUGUAACGAGAGACCGAAAACGGGGUUGGCCACCCCCCGGGGUUAGAAACACAAAGAUGUUUUUGGAACUUUGGAACGAUGCGAUUUGACACAACACCUUCUAGAAGGGGUUUACAUUAGAAAGAGAAGAUAGCUGGGCAAUGAUGGCAAGCCUUAUACCUGCCCUUGUGACUCUAAUGCCAAAUAGGUGCCUUUCGUAGAUGAUUAACUGAAUGGGGGUUUGAAGAAGUGGACGGAACAUAUCAGUGAUUCAAUGUCAUUACCAAAUGUAUUACUGUGCCAUAGGCCUAUGAGCAUGAAUACCACCAAAAUUAUUUUUGUAACGUUCAAGAGAAUCACUUGAGUAGAAGUGUUUAGGAGCGUUACCGAGCGAAUAGGAUCAAUCUAGAGUGUUGUAGUAUAAUGAAUCAAAUAAGAAAAAAACAAGAGAACGGGAGAGAUAUCAGUGACUCUCAGUGAGUCACAAUUGACUCACUGAAAAUGACUAAUCCUUUGAUUAUCGUUUUUAGACAUUACUGUAUGUUUUGUUCUUUAAUGUCUUUGUGUGUCUUUUUGUCUGUCCUUAGAGAUGUAUUUCUGCUUUCUUGUGUAACACUCCACUGACAGCCCAGAAUUGGAAAGAGUCAAAGUUUCCUCUCUCGGAUAUUCAAUUCUCUGAAGUUUCACUGACGGAAUAUCUAUGUUGAGGUACACGUAAUUAGACGAACUUUGUAGUUUCACCCCAUUUUUGGAGUCCCACUUCUUGUUCUAAAUUUUCAACCAAGCCUACAGUAUCUUGCACACAAAUAAAGCCGAAACCUGUCAAGCUUGAAAUCUAAUCAAAGUAUACUUAUUGGGAAAUAAAUUUCAAUUGAAGGUGCUUUUCAGUUUAAAAAAAAAUUACCUACCACCAAGAUAUUACUUUACACAAUAAGUUUUAAUAUUGUCUGUCUGUAUUAGUCCCAGACAAAUAUAUUUGUAUAUAUGCUUUACUGUAUACAGUAUAGCAACCGCAAUUGCAGUUGCACAGAAAAUAAGUACAGGAAAUAUGGCUUAAUAAUGAUCUUUAAAUCCCAGGGAUAUAUUUACAUAGCCUCGAGCCCACAAUGUGAUCAAACCAAAGAGGAAUAUCAUUUCAUUGGCUAUUUUGUAGCUUUACUAUUGUAACGAGUGCGCUGGGAGUCGGGAAGCAAGUUCAGGGAGUGUGUUUUAAUAAAUAAAUGUAACAUAAUACAAAACACAAACAACGCACCUGCAAGAAACAGAAACAAUGACGCCUGGGGAAGGAACCAAAGGGAGUGACAUAAUAUAGGUCAGGUAAUCAAGUAGGUGAUGGAGUCCAGGUGAGUGUCUUUAUGCGCUAAUGUGCGUAACGAUGGUGACAGGUGUGCGCCUUAACGAGCAGCCUGGUGACCGAGAGGCCGGAGAGGGAGCACACGUGACAACUAUAUAUUUAUGAAUACAAAUAGCCUAAUAUUCUAAAAAAAAUACCUAAAACAAAGCUUAAAAAGUGAAGAAUAAAAAAAUUAAUGUUUUGAUAACAUCUGGACUCAGUUAAUGUUCUGAACCCAAAUAAAAGCAUGUUGAAACAUGCAGAUAUUGCUGUGCAGUAUUGGUUUAUGUGGUAUGCAAUAAAGUUUAUGUUCACUUCCUUGCUUUAAAAGUAGUUUGGUAUCUACUGGAUUUAGAAUAGUACUGCAGGACUAUUUUGAGUUAUUACUAUUUACUUAUAACGUUUUCCCCAAACACAAUACUGAUAUUAGUUCAAAACGAUCCCCAAUUGAAAAUCCAAAUUAAGUACUAUUUCAACUGGCUGGUGUUCAAGACUGCUGAAAUAUUUUUCUAACAGUGUGUGACAUUUUUCAUUACAUUUUCUGCUGGACAGUAUUAUAGUUUUAAACAAAGUAUUGUACCUGCUAGAUCGCAGUUAUAUCUGUUUUAGCCAACCAUAGUUGUUUUUUGUUGUUACAGUGUGAUCACACAUAGACAAUAAUGACGAUUGAAGUUCCGUUUUUUGUGAAUUAAUGCACUUUAACACUUGUUUUAAGGUGCAUUAAUGUAAAGAUGCAGUUGAAAUACUCAGCAUAUUAUUUAUUGAUUUUUUAAAAAUAACUAUUUAAUAAGAGUAUUUUUUUACCUCAAGUUUUUCAACCCCUGUCUUUUCACAGGAAUUGCAAAAUAUCUCAUUCAUUGGAGGAUGCCAAAGCUCCUCACAAUAUAAUAAUUGGAUACUGUACAUGGUACUCUCUUGUGGGAGACAAAUGCUACUGCAACAUAUUUUUUUCAUGUUGCCCAACAAACCGGCAGUUACAAUGCAAUACCAAAUGCACUGCUGGUCAGUGAAACUACCAACUACAAAAUGCCUGUACAUAAUUGAAUGUUUUCAAAUAUUAAUGCAGCUAAGAGUUUUUUUUUUUUGUAGUUUGUAAUUUUUUUUGUUCACUUUAUUCUAUUUGGCCAUCUUUUUUUCCAACCUUCUAAAUGACUUUUCCCCCCAUGCUGUGUGCUGCAACUAGCAAAAUCAUGGACACUUCCUUUCUCCUUAUUGGUCUGUACGUAAUGCCUGAUUCAAAUCGUAUUUAUUUUGAACUAAUGUUUAUACCUCCCAUUUGUGGUUUGACAAUCAAAUAUGUAUCCACUGCCUCACUAGACUGGACUGUCAACCUAGUACAAAAGUCAAUAAUGUGUGAUAUACUGUGUCAUUGUUUUGACAUUUCUACAGUCUAUUUGGUAUGAAUUUCAAGCCGUUGCAUACAGAUCUAUAGAAGCUGAAGUUAGUUCUGCUUCACAAAUGAAGGGUAAAAUGCUCUUUAUCUCACCCAUCAUAUCCUAUCUAAAGCAAUGGAAAUCAAUAAUUAGGUCUAUGUAUAGUACAGCUACAGUUGAUACAGAACCCCUUGAACCCCUAACCCAUCUCCCUCCCUCCCCUUGACGAAGGCAUUAUGUAAACGUGUUGAAUCACCCAUAACCUUUCGCUACAGCCCAUAUUAAUGCAUAUCGCUAUUGUUUAAUUGAGCUCAAUUUACAUGGCUUCUCUGCCUGCGCCUGCAAAUUACAAGGGAAUUGUAAUGUGUCAAACUUGACUUUUUCAUAUUGUCUUUUAAAAAUGUUUAAAUAAUUUGUUCAAUGUUUUGGUCAAAAUGAUCAUUUUUGUCUGAUUUGUUUUUCGUUUUCACCCCAUUGUAUUUGAACAUCUUUCAGAAAUGUAAUAAUGAGGAAUUGUGCAAUAGAAAUAGGCAUCUUUAAAACGCAUAGCUAGAGAAAAACAUGAUCAUCAUUACCUCCUCUUUCAACAUGUCUAAGGAUAUAUGAUACAAAAAUAGAUUGUCUAUCCCUUAAUCCAUUCAAGCCAUCAUCGGUCAUGUAAACACCUUUAGGUCAUGACUCAUUUCAGGUCCACUGCUUUUUUCAUAUUAGCCUUUUUCAAAACAGCAACAGUUGCUAAUGGCACUAAACAUACUCCAAUCCCAUUGGAGAUGCUUACUUCCAUUGAGCUACACAGCACAACAUGUUGUGACAUGAUAGACAGGAUGUUUAACCAAUGGCCACGUAAGAAUCCCUUCUGGUACUUCCUCCUGGCUAGCGUGUGUGGCUAGUGGACUGUGAAUGGCACCGGCAGAACCCAAUGACCCGGGUUCCGACCUCGUUAACAUCUAGCUGUUCUCUACCACAGAUCCACAGCGGUAAGAGUUGUGUCAGCAUCGAGGGCCUCUAGGUACUCACCAGACUGCCUUCGAGCUGUCACGUUUGUGCCUGAACAAAAUGUUUUUGUCCUUCGAGUAUCUCUCUCCUCCACCUACUGUACGCAGAUGCCUCCAUGCCAUUUGAACACAAGCCAUGCCGGCCUCUUCAGCCCCGUUGCCAUGGCAAGAGUGACAUUUGUAACCAUCACAGAUGUCAACCGCGUAAUGUAAACUGGGAGACUGUUAACCGGUAGUCUUGUAGGGAAACAGUGAUGUGUACUACAGGGCCAUCGUAGUUUAAUCCAUCCGCUUCCAAACCUAUACCUACCACCAAAUAUAAGAAAACACUUUUUGUUUUAAAUGUAUCUCCAUGUCCUCGAUUAAGCCCCAUGGGAAUUCAUUUCAGACUUGACCAUGUUCAGAAUGUUUAGAAUCUUCUGAGGAGAAAGAGAGAAAAUACUACAUGGGUUUGGUUCUUUGUCCACAGAUUACAACAGUGAUGUUCUUGAGGUCCACUAAAGCUGGUUAGUUUAAAAGUUUCCUCUACAGAUGAUUUUUUUCACUUAUCCCCACAUAACAGUUAAGGUGCUUCCCGGCUUUGGAAGGUCUCGGUUCAUUUCUUUUCCCCUCCAGUAGGUUUGAUAGGGAAGAAACACACACACCCUUGAGUUUUAACUUUGGUGGAGGGUGCCACAGAUUUGUGGUAAAGUAGCACCCAUGCACGGGCCACACACACACACACACACCGACGAGGGAUGCCAUUCAUGUCAGAGGGAAUAGAUUAGAGCCUCUACCAUAUUUGCGAAUUCAGCCAAGUGAGACAGUCCCUACUGACGCCAAACUGCCUCGACUCUCUGCCCCUGCCUCCUUUCUCUCUUUUUAUUUUAACAAAUUGGCGGGCCUUCUCGAGCGUGACGUUCCCUUAAGCCUAGUAAUCCUAGAUAGCACCAGCCGGAAUGUCCUUUUUCCUUCCCGGAUCUUUUUUUCUACUCUUCCUUUACUAGUGCCUACUUGCUCACUCUUUGGCCUUUUCCACCAUACUUCCGCCAUGUUCUUUUUCUUUCUUUCGCCUCAACCAAAGCUAGUAGUUCCCAGUGCCAAAAGCUAGUCACUUGAAGAAAGAAGAGAUUGGAUAUGUUGACUGUAUCUAGUGUAUGAGGUUUGGGUCGCAGAAGCAUGUGAAGUGAGAUAUUGUGUGUUGCUGUGUUUGAGAGAGGACGUGUGCACUGUGAUGAGAUGGAUUGCGUGCAGGUGAGGUCAGGAGAAAGAUAGGAGGAGGUCAGGGAUGAGGUUGGUUGUGUGUGGGGUGCGUCGGGAAACCUGAGAUGGAUCAGAUUGUGGAUUGUAGAUGACAUGGCAAGAACGAGAGAACGAGACAGAGAUAGUGAACGAGAGAGAGUGAGAAUGAGAGAGAGAAAGAGAGACAGGAGCUGGAUACAGUUGUGGACAUUGUGCUCCUCUGUUCAUGCUGACUAGACUUCCGUUAAAACCAGCAGCAACAGCUUCCAUCAGAGACAAUGAAUAACACUGCAUCAUACUUCCUCCUCUUCUCCCAUCUCCCAUGGCUUGGGCUAAUGAACUAUCCAAUGUACGAUGCGUGGCUGUGAAAUGUCAUUAUCAAAACACCAUUUUAAUUGCGGUAGUUAAAGGUUUGAAGGCCAGUAAUUCUCACGCCGGUGGCGCCCUGAUAGCGGGGCAGCACAGCCACGAGGGGCUAAUCUAAAACAAAUGAGAUUGCGGCUGUCGAAGAUGGAUAGAUGCUCUCACUCUUUGUCGCUCUCGUUCUGUCUCUCUACAGCUUUUUAGCGGGUGGCAUAUUAAUCAUGUGUCUGAUUUAUUCAGCUUUAUAUAAUUUGCUGUGGUGAAGCUUCAACUUCUGUCUGAUGGCUUAUGCUGUCCUGGUGUGAAGGGAGAGGCUGGAGAGCCAGGUUAAUGAGAAGAAAGGGUAGGUUAGGGGGGUAGGAGAUGUGAUGUUUUGAGAAAGUUAGUAUUAGGUGUUUGUGAAAGGGGUGUGAGGUGUUUAACCCAAGGGUUGUUUUUAGUAGGUAUUUUUAACGUAACUUUUUUAGAGUUCAUUUUUUAUGUUGUUUGCUCAUGAAGGAAGUCAAUGAAUGAAAGAAAAGAAGAAGAAAAGGAGAGGGAUGAAAGCUUACUCAGUGCUAGAACUGAUGGUAAUGCUUCAGACAGGUGGAAUGGGACUGCCGACUACGCCACGUGUUACUUAACACAACAGGUGGGAUUGGGGCAUUGUUUAGAAUGCUAAUGUGUCGCUUGGCUGAGGAAUAGUGCAUGCUGGUUCUUUUUUGUGUUUCCUGCUGUGCUGAGACUCUCACUGUUUGACUUCCUGUUCUAAUUACUACUUUAUACUCUCUUUAAUUAACCCUCAGACAGAUGAAUCAUGUCAUAUCACUCUUAGCAAUAACUGCUCACACUGCUUUAAACUACCUUCCUUUUUUUGUAUGGGUACCAAUUUGGACCAUAUUUAUUGCCACAUCCAUCUUUUCUGGAGGGAGGAUUUGUCAGAUAAAGAUGUGUGUCAUUUGAGGGGUCACCGAAUACAUUUUAGUUGGCGUAGUCAAAAGUCUUGUUAUUACCUAAGAUCAGGCCUUCAUGAGCAUUCUCUGAUGCCAGUUAUAGUCUAAUUCCUAUUUACAGUAGAAAGUAGUGUGGCAAAUCUCCAACACUGUCACAAAAACCUAAUUUGUAGACAAGGCCUCAAACCAAAGUUAUACUCUCUAAACCUAUGCUCUGUAAACCGUCUAGGUCCUUAUACCCAAACUUGAAACAAUAAUGACCCACUACCCGUAUGUCAACUCUGUUACAUCAUACCACCAAUGCUUCGAGUUGGACCAAAGGAGUUGCUAUAGUAUUUGUUUUUCUCUCUUUCUUUAUUUGCAUUAUUCUUAUGCAACAUUUGUGUUCAACUCUAUAGAGACAACUUAGGAGACUAGUCCUGUUUUCAAAAGAAAGGUGUCAUGGGAGGAUGGAGUUCAAGAGAAACGUGUUUUCUGAUUCCUUUUGUAAAUGUCACCGACGUGAGUCAUUCGGUGUGACAGAAUGUAAUGUGGUGUGACAAGGCGAUAAAGAAGCAGGACAUGUCAUGAUAUUACCAUUUUGCAUCAGUGAGUCAAUAUGUGUAUGUGAAAGUACAGCAAAUGUACAAAUAAUCAAAUCAGUCUACUCUUCAACGGGAAACAUAACACUUGGUCUGUGUGCUAGCGGUUCUUUUUGGAAACAAGGCUGUCCCCUUUUACCGUUUUCAUUCUGAAAACCUUUUUCGUUGUUGUACCUUGUUCAUGUUUACAUUGUAUCUUGCAUUGCCCUGACGAGAAACACUAUUAAAUGUAUUAUCUUUGUUUAAUUAA